AUGCCCUUGGCCUCAGAGAGGGAGCCCGUGCGAGGACAGGUUGGCCGCGGCUACGACGCUGAAUGCGUCCCCAUCUACAUUUGGCGCGCAAGGCAGAAGUGCGGCUACUCCCCUUCCAAGUGGGCGAACCCCUUCAAGGUAUCACGAGGCUUGUCCAGGACAUCGGCCGUCCUGCGCUUCGAGGUGUCCAUCGACGUCCUCGACCUCCUGGAGAUCGCCGAUGAAGUGGCGAUGACAGCCCUUCAGAGCGCGGGGCUCCCCGAGGCUGCGCAUUUGGCCAGGGCGCGGCACGGCGCUCGCGGAGUCCCUCGCAGCGAGGACAUGUCCGUGAGCCGCGCUUUGAAGAGCCCAGCUUUGGGCGAGUUCGUGGACUGCGAGCUGGGCAUGAUCAGCCCCCCCCCCCCCAAGGACUUCACUUACAAACUGGUGAUCUUCAGCCUCUACACGCUGGACCGCGAGAAGGUGACGCAGAGGUGGUUGCAGGUGCUGGCAGGCCGCUGGGUGCGAGCUAUGAUGUUCCGCAGGGAGGCGAUGUCCGCCUUCGACCAUUUGUGGCAGGCCGUGGUCCGCUGGGAAGGUAAGCGCCGCCUACCUUGCCUCAUCUUCAGGGAGAUCUUCAUCGCGCUGGGGCUCUUACCAUUCAUGAGGUGUGACCUGCGGACCCCCAUCAGCGGUUUGGUGACGGUGUCGGAUGCCAGUGAGCAGAAGGGAGCCGUGCGGAGAGCCGUGCGACUCCUUCCUCAUGGGGUCGCGGCCGCGCGAGCAGCUCGGGCUAGGCGCGGCGGCAGACUGCAGGAUGAGGGCGCGUUGAUCUCUCUGUUCGACGGCGUAGGUGGCGUCGGGCGAGCUCUCGACAUGCUGGGCUUGAGCAUCGCUGUGCAUGCUGCCUCCGAGACCGAUGCGGGGGCGUGCCGUGUGGUGCGGCAUGCUUGGCCUGAUGUGAUGGAGCUCGGCGACGCGCAGCUGCUGGUGGAGAAGGACGUGAGGAUUAUCCGAGAUCACCUGGCUCGCCUCAGCGUGGACAGGCGCGGGCUGCAAGGUAAGCGGUCUGGCCUCUUCUUCGAGAUCCUGCGGGCGCAGGCCUUGAUGCGUCGCGUUUUCCCCGAAGAGGUGCAGCUUUUCAACCUGAUCGAGCACGCGUCCUUCAUGGAGGCCAAGGAUAGGCAAGCCAUGUCGCAGGCGCCGGGGCUGCAGCCGGCGGUCAUCGAGGCCGCCGACAGCUCGCGCGCUCGGCGAGAGAGGCUGUACUGGUGCGACCGGGACCUGGCGACUCCGUGGCAGGUCGUUGUCGACGAGAUGCAGGAGGCCAAGAGUUUCGUGAUCCCAGGUGGCGCGGGCGAUCUCAAGCGGUGGCUUCGUGAAAGUCGUCACUGGUGCGGCACAGUCUGCGAGGAGCAGAGGCUGCCGACCUUCGCCCGCUGCGCCCCGAGGGCGUGCGCUGGGUAUAAGCCCAAGGGUCUGCGCCAGUGCUCGGAGGAGGAGUUGGCGCGCUGGCGCACUCACGAGUACUGCUAUGCUCCUUACCAGUUCCGAGAUGCUCACGGCUUGCGCUGGGAUGGCGGCGACUUGGAGCCUGCGGAUUCCCUCGAGCGGGAGAUGCCGAUGGACUUCCCCCCUGGUCGCACGGCGACGGCCAGGGCAGCUCGGUUCCGCAGGACCCGCGAGCUGGAGGCGGUCCGCUGCGCGCUGCUGGGCAGCUCCUUCCAGCGUGCAGUGGUGGCCUGGAUCUUGGGGCACUGGGCGCACUGCCAGAAAUACCUUGACGACGCCCCGACCGAUGAGCAGCUGCGGCAGCAGGGCGGCGGCUUCGACGCGUCCGAAGGCGCGGUGCGGAUGGCGGCCGACAACGACGAGGGCGCGUUGAUUCACCACAAGGAUCUGCGUGGCCGCGAGGCCCAGCAGGACAUGAGCGCGCAGAUGGUCGAGGAGAUGGUCAGGCGUGCUGAAGUUCGAGGCUCGGACGUUCGACUAGUUUCGCUGGAGAUGGUGCGCCCCGACUUGUGA